AUGGACAACAUUGCGGCCACCAUUCAUUCCAUUCACAACACAAAUUCCACAGCAUCGCCGCAGCCACCACCACACUGGAACAGAGCCCGCAUCAAGGCGCCGGCUGACAGCACCGACCAUAGCGUUCCCGCGUUGCGGCGUCGGUGGACUCUAGAGGGCCGGCUGCCCAGUCAAAACGGCGACGAGAUAGUACAAGCCAUUUGCGAGUUUCACGAUGAGUGCUACGAUGGAAUACCGGACAAAAAAGAUAGAAAGACGAGAAUAGGUUUUGCUGGUGAUUGCAUGCUCGAGAACUUCCUGCAUCUCUAUCCUGGAUUUUAUUCAGUAGGGGGCACUGAGGGAAUGCGGAUCUUCACGCAAAUGAUGGCAAGCUUCCGCAAUAGCAAGGAGCUGGAAUUCGAAGACGCUGACGUGACCAACGCUGCCAUGCAUUGGAUUUAUGAGGUUUUGAGUAGCGACUCAUGAAGAUUGCUUAGGGCUUCCGCGGAUAACAAGUUUCAC